AUGGAUCGCCUCCGCCGUGCCCUGCUGCUGCUCGGGCUCAUCUGCAUUGCCGCCGCCGUAGCCUCCGCUCAAGGCCCCGCCGCCCCCCCCACCGCCACCCCCGCUCCCCCCACGCCUACCGCCCCCACCACCUCCCCGCCCCCCACCACCACCACCUCCCCCCCUCCCGCCGCGACGUCCCCGCCCCCGGCGACCGCCCCUCCCCUCCACCCCGCCCCCGUGGCCGCACCUCCCCCACCACCCCGCCGCCGGCCACCCCGCCUCCCGUCAGCGCCCCCCGCCGGCGACCCCUCCUCCCGCCACGCCACCUCCCGCCACCCCUCCCCCGCCACCCCACCUCCCGCCACCCCCCCCGCCUCCCCCCGGCCACGCCGCCCCCGGCCGUCCGCCGCCAGCCCCCUCGCGUCCCCGCCGGCCCUCGCCCCCGCUCCGGGCCCCGCGAAGAAGCCGACGUCUCCGGCGCCGUCCCCGGCGCUGCUGAGCCCUCCGUCGCCGCCGACGGUGGCUCCCGCGCCGAGCCUCACCUUGGGGGCUCCAGGCCCGUCGCAGAGUGAUCAGAGCGGGGCAGAGAAGAUCUUGUCAGUGCAGAGCAUGGUGGGUGGCUUGGCUUUGGGCUGGGCUCUCAUGGGGUUGCUACUCUAGAGCUAUAUGAUCUACACUUCAUGAUUUAGUUCUAUUUACUCCUGUCUUCAUACUGUGUUAUUUACCAUCUUUGAUGGGACUCUACUACAUGUAUUUUGAGCUCUUUUUGCUGUAUUUUUUUUGCACACAUUUGAGUUGGGAUUCUUUGGGAGAGAUUUUUGAGGGGGGAGGGUUCUGUUGUUGAGGAGAUUUGUUAAUUGCAUGGGCUUGUUAAUUAGCAAAACCUCUUUCUCUCUUGCUCUGUUCA